AUGGCCAAAAAGUGUUGCAGUACCGUCAUCUUGCUCCAGUGCUGUCUGGUGUUGCUGAUACCAUCGUUGUGCAGUGUGUUUGCCAAAAAGCAGCAGGAGGACCAAAAGCCUGAAGAGAGCCUUUUCGAGCAGGACCUCGGCGAUCAGUUCAAGAUCGACGCCUCGACCCAAGGCCUGCAGAAGGUGAACCUGCGCUGCGGGGCCGACUCGAUGCGCAUCGAGCUCAAGACGGAGGAAGACUUCCAGGGCGUGAUGUACACGCGCGGUAGCUACUACAAGCAGACCGAACCAUGCUUCGUCAAGCCGGAACGGGCCGGCCGAACGCUCGAGAUGAAGUUCAAUCUCGACCAGUGCCAGACGGUUAACAAUGGGGAGGUGUACUCCAACAUCGUCGUGGUGCAGCACGAUCCCGACAUUGUGACGCCCGGUGAUGCCGCGUUCGCCGUGGAGUGUGACUUCCGGAAGCCGCGCGGUGUGACGGUCAGCUCGGAGAUCCAGGCACGGGAUAGCGAGGAGGAAACACCGACACCGUCGUCACGCAUUACACUGACCAGUCCGGAUCCGUCGGCAAACACACAAACACCGAACGAACACAACUCGGUGCACAGCGCGUCCGGCACGGUCACGUUCGUGCCGAGCCGGUUCCGCAACGCGUCGUCCGACCAGCUCCCGGAGCAGCGGGUCCGCGGGACGGUCGAAACGGUCGAAAUUCCACUGCACACAACACCACAAGAACAGCAAGCAAACAAUGAUCAAGAUCACGAUCACGAUGAGUUGUGAUUGUGGUCUGUGGGGUUAGGCGAAAAGCCCGAUCACCUCCAAACGGGUACUUGUGGUCAUUAAUUUAUUGAAACUAGAGAGAAAAUGUCAUCUUCCAUCGCUAAUCUCCGUACCCGAAUAUUAACCCUUUUUUGUAUCCCAAUUUUCUCUGCGCUCUUCUCCCACAGCAUUGAUACGUCCAAAGCUAACGCAACCGCUUCCUAUCCACCCACCGAUUAAUACAACUCCCUCUCCCUGUGGACCCUUCCCUCCUCCUUGCCCCACUCGCCAGAGAACUAACCAGAGGUAAUGUAAGUUCCUUCUUCUUCGGUCAACCGAAAACGUAAUUCCCCCACCCCUUACCCUUACAACCCCCCCAACCCUUACACAACACUGACUGGGGUGUAUCAAACUUCCAAGCGCGUCACUGUUCUAAGUGAUCCCAUAGGUAGUGUGAAAAAAUGUUAAAAAGUGUUGAUUAAAAUAAUAAAACUAAACGUUGUGAAAAU